UGGCCCUGCCUUUGCUCCUCUAUAUAUAUUGUUUUGCUCUCCAUACCAACUCCCAAUUCACAGUUCUCGAGUUCGCAAAUCAAAAGAAAUAUCAAACACUUUCUCUGAUUUCAAGUUUCAAGUUUCCAACUCAAGAAUUCAAUCGUCAUGGAGUGCAGGCCUUUGGAGAUAACAAUCGUCUCAGCCAGCGACCUCAAGGAUGUCAAUAUGUUCUCCAAGAUGGACGUCUACGCCGCCGUUUCGGUCUCCGGCGACCCCCGCAACAAGAAGCAGACGACCAAGACCCCCGUCGCCAAAGACGGCGGCACAAACCCUAAGUGGAACAACUACUCCAUCAAGUUCACUCUCGACGACGCCGCUUUGCUCCACAACCGCCUCACUCUCAACAUCAAGCUCGUCUCCGAGCGCAGCUUGGGCGACACCAAGAUCGGCAAAGUCCAAAUCCCCCUCAAGGAGCUCUUCGACAGCUUGGGCGGCGGUGAUGAUCAGAAGAAGCAGAUCAAGCACGUCGGUUACAGCGUUCGAACUUCCAGUGGGAAGCCCAAAGGAUCCAUCAAUUUCGGGUACAAAUUUGGGGACAAGUUCACAGUUCCUGUUCCUGAGGCCCAUAAGAAAACCCAUGAGCCCGUGAUGGCUUACCCAUCUGGGCAUCCCGGGUCAAGCUCCGGGUACCCGCCUGCGGCCCAUGCGGGUCCGUAUCCGCCUGCCCAAGCUUACCCGUACCCGCCGCCUGGUGGGUACCCACCACCGCCUCAUCAGCAGCCGGGUUAUGGGUACGCACCACCGCCGCAGGCCGGGUACGGUUACCCGCCUCAGUCAGGCUAUGGGUACCCGCCGCAGAAGCCUAAGAGGGGAGGAGGCAACAUGGCGCUUGGCAUGGGAGCUGGACUGUUGGGUGGUUUGUUGAUUGGAGAUAUGAUUGGAGAUGUUGGUGAGAUGGCUGCCUAUGAUGCUGGGUAUGAUGCUGGGUUUGGUGGUGAUGACUUUGGCGGUGGCUUUGAUUUCUAGUAAUUUUUGGUGUUUGGGUUCUGUUUAAUUUGUUGGUUUCGGCUUUUAUGUAGUUUUAGUUUUAUGAUGAGUACAUACAGAUGUUAACGGAGGUUUCAGGGUUAUGUCUUCUUGCCUUCUUGCCUUCUUGCGUGUACAUGUUUUCAAUUCCUAUGGUGGAUGCCUUUAGAUUAGAGUUCAUAUGCUUUGCACAUUUCUUUCUUCUCUGUUCUGGUCACACAUGUAAAGUCUCAAACAUUGAUGAAGA